UGUCUCUAGCAGAACACAUUGUACAAGAUGGCCGAUGGUGUAUGCGCUCAGUCACAAGUUGUGUUGACACUAAAAAAGUGAGAUAUUCCCAUGAAAAAAAGCAUUAUGAACCUCCCGUAGUGAUUGUUUCUCGCAAGUUUAUCAUCAUAUCUGGACAUUCUUCACUGUUUUACUGUGCUGUCGCCAAGAAAAGCGUGAAAAUCGUUAGCAAAAUGCCCAGUCCCUCGCUGCGUUCACCCCUCUACUCCCUGAGAAGGUCGAAACGGAAGGGCACCAAGAGAGGUGCUGCUGCCAGCAAUAACUCCCGCGUCAACUCUGAUGGGGAAGAAGGGGCAGGUGAAGGAAAUCUCCAAAACAAUGCAUCGUCAGCCAACAAUGAAAAUCCAGUCUCAGGAUCUGUUGCUCCUCAACCUGUUGUCCCUUCGGCUGUUGGUUUAGUCACCGGUGGGGCCUCAGCUGCUGGACACCAACCACCUUAUGAUCUGAGGCGCAAGUCACCACAUCAUGAUCCUGCCGCUGCUGCUGUAGCACCCAACUACCCGUCAGGCUGCAAUCCGAGUGGCAGCCUUUCGUCAAAUUCAGCUUGUGCAGCUGGUCCCAGUGGCUAUGCAACGUGUAUGCUACCUGCAAGAAAGAGGCCUAGAAGAACCUGCUACACAUCAUCUGAGAAUGGCAACUCAGUUGAUGAGCAAAGAAGUGCAGCUCAUUACCUCCAGUAUGAAUUACCUGAUGAAGUUCUCAUAUGCAUAUUCAGUUAUCUGUUUGAGAGAGAUUUAUGUCGGGUCAGUCAAGUCUGUAAACGUUUCCAGAGUAUAGCUAACGACACCGAGCUUUGGAAAACGUUGUAUCAGCGCGUUUUUGAGUACGACACGCCAUUGUUUCACACGGGAAUCUGCAAAUACGAAUUUAUAGCGAUAGAAGAAUCCGAAUACGACAAUCCUUGGAAAGAGAGCUUCAAACAACUCAAUCACGGCGUCCACGUCAGGCCGGGAUUUCAAGAAAAGGCCCUUAAAUACCCGUCACGCUACAAAGGUCGUUCGAUUGCCUAUUUCGAUACGAUCCAGUCGGCGCUGGAAUUUUUCGACGACGCUGAGAGUCCGCUCGUGUUCGUGCACAAGGGAUCCUACCAGCGCGAAUACCUGGUAGUGGAGAACAACGUCAACAUUUUAGGUUGUUCUUCGGGUAACGUGGCCGAAAACGUUACCAUCGAACGAGACACGGAAUCGACGGUGACGUUUAUGGAAGGUGCGAGAUCUUCCUACCUGGGCUACGUCACGCUCAAGUUCAGUCCAGAUAUCUCAUCGUCUGUUCCGCAUCACAAACAUUACUGCCUUGAAAUUGGAGAGAAUUGCUCACCCGUUAUCGACCAUUGCAUCAUCCGCAGCAGCUCCGUCGUGGGCGCCGCUGUAUGUGUAACCGGGUCUGGUGCGGAACCCAUUAUCCGCCGUUGCGACAUAUCCGACUGCGAGAACGUUGGCCUUUACAUCACCGACCACGCUCAGGGUCUUUAUGAGGACAACGAAAUCAGCCGCAACGCUCUGGCGGGCAUCUGGGUGAAAAAUCACGCCAAUCCGGUUAUGAGAAGGAAUCAUAUCCAUCACGGCCGAGACGUCGGCAUCUUCACCUUCGACAACGGAUUAGGCUAUUUUGAGAGUAACAAUAUCCACAACAACAGAAUCGCCGGCUUUGAAGUGAAAGCAGGAGCAAACCCGACUGUGGUGCGGUGUGAAAUCCAUCACGGUCAAACGGGGGGCAUUUACGUUCACGAAUCCGGUCAGGGCCAAUUCAUUGAAAACCGGAUUCAUUCCAACAACUUUGCGGGCGUUUGGAUCACCUCAAAUUCAAAUCCGACCAUCCGUCGGAAUGAAAUCUACAACGGCCACCAAGGUGGCGUUUACAUAUUUGGAGAAGGCCGCGGUCUGAUUGAGCACAACAAUAUUUACGGCAACGCUUUGGCAGGCAUACAGAUCCGCACCAACAGUGAUCCAAUCGUGCGGCACAAUAAAAUCCAUCACGGCCAACACGGUGGCAUCUACGUCCACGAAAAGGGCCAGGGACUCAUAGAAGAAAAUGAAGUUUACGCCAAUACCCUGGCUGGAGUCUGGAUAACCACAGGAUCGACUCCUGUUUUAAGGCGAAACCGAAUUCAUUCUGGCAAGCAAGUGGGGGUCUAUUUUUACGAUAAUGGACAUGGCCGUCUCGAAGACAACGACAUCUUCAACCAUCUGUACAGUGGUGUGCAGAUUCGAACGGGGAGCAAUCCCAUCAUUCGCCGGAACAAGAUUUGGGGUGGACAAAACGGUGGAGUUCUCGUCUACAAUGGAGGACUCGGCCUGUUGGAACAGAACGAAAUCUUUGAUAAUGCAAUGGCUGGAGUCUGGAUAAAAACAGACUCGAAUCCCACUUUAAAACGCAAUAAAAUCUACGACGGAAGAGACGGUGGAAUCUGCAUCUUUAACGGUGGUAAAGGAAUCUUGGAAGAAAACGAUAUCUUCCGCAACGCGCAGGCCGGAGUUUUGAUCUCAACGCAAUCGCACCCGAUCCUUCGGCGAAAUCGUAUUUUCGACGGGCUAGCGGCGGGCAUCGAGAUUACUAACAACGCGACGGCCACAUUAGAAUUCAACCAGAUCUUCAACAACCGAUUUGGGGGAUUGUGCCUGGCAUCGGGUGUCACACCUAUUUGUAAAGGGAACAAGAUCUUUAAUAACCAAGACGCGGUUGAAAAGGCCGUGAAUGGUGGUCAGUGUCUUUACAAGAUCUCUUCCUACACAUCUUUCCCGAUGCACGAUUUCUACCGCUGUCGCACCUGCAACACAACGGACCGGAACGCUAUUUGCGUCAAUUGCAUCAAAACGUGUCAUGCCGGGCACGACGUGGAGUUUAUCCGUCACGAUCGCUUUUUUUGCGACUGCGGGGCCGGCACGUUAACCAACCAGUGCCAACUACAGGGAGAGUCUACGCAAGACACCGACACACUUUACGACUCGGCAGCGCCCGUAGAGUCUCAUACAGUGAUGGUCAAUUAACAGGUCGUUCAACAUCUUAUGGCAUCUAUUCGAGUUGAAGCCAGCGGUGAGCAGACAUUUAAUUGUCUUCUAUUGGCCGCAUCGUAGUGGAUCGAGGAUGUGUGUUUUUACUAACGUUGGUGAAACGGAGCUUGUGCCUCGCCCUCCGGACAUCUGCUACCUUCAUCAUCUGCGAACGCGUUUAUCCUUUUGUAAACGACGAAGCAAAAAGUGUAGAAUCAAAACGGUUGUUCGUAUUAAGCCGACACCGAAAAUAUUCGGGUUUGAGAUAUUGUCAGAAAAGAUUUGGCCCCCAUCAUAUUAAAGACGCUAUGGUGUGAAAUAACUUGAUCGACACACAACAUAUUCAAAUCUUUAUUUUUUCCCCUUUCCUUUGUUAAUUGUCUUUAGUUUUGCUAGCCGAUUCUCGAUAGUGUUUUUUUUUUCUCUCCUCCAUUUGAAUUGAAUGCCGAUGUAAUUGUGUGCCUGUGUCUCUUGCGUCCGUAUGGUUUGAAGCGUCACAGUUCGUGUUGCAGGAAAACAAAAUCCCAAUUAGUUGGCCUUGAGCAACUGAUUUGUGCGCGUGUCUAUUUUUUUGUGUGUGUUAGUGUGAGAGCCAAGGAAGUGAUGGCCUUUCGGGACAAGG